AUGUACAAAGCUGUAUUAGUUUUGGCAAUUCUUGUGUCGGCCAGCUUGGCUGUGCACAUUCCGCUAACUCAGAGAACUGUCUCUAAAUUUGAAAUUGAUGCUAAGAGAAGUUAUCUCCAAUCCUCAGAAUUCCAGGAUGAGAUGGAAGCUGCUUUGAGAGCAAAUGACGAGCAUACUCUUCUCCCAAUCAAGGACUACACCGAUACUCAAUAUGUUGCUGAAGUAACUCUCGGUUCUCCACCACAGAGCUUCAUGGUUGUGCCAGAUACUGGUUCAUCAGACCUCUGGGUUUACUCUUCAAGCUGCUACUUCUCAAUCUCUUGCUACCUUCACAAUUACUACAAGCACAAGAGAUCAGAUACCUAUCACAAGAAUGGAAAGCAUUUCCGUCUUGGAUAUGGAUCUGGAAGCGCUAGCGGACACUGGUCUAAUGAUGAUGUUAACUUCGCCGGUUUGGAGGCUGAAGAUUUCAGAUUCGGAGAAGUCACCUCUGUCAUGGGGCUUGCAUUUAUCAUGGGACAUCUCGACGGUAUCCUCGGACUUGCAUUCGAUACUAUCUCUACCGACAACUUCCCAACCUUCUUCGAAGCUGCUGAUAUUGAAGACAGAUCCUUCUCCUUCAAACUUGGACAUGUUGAUGAGGAUUCAUUCUUGGUAGCCCCAGGAGUUGAUGAAGAUCUCUUCACAGGAGACUUGCAAUACCAUGAUGUCAUCGAAGAGAAGUACUGGAGUCUUAAUAUGACCAACAUUAAGGUCGGUGGAACCUCAAUGGAAGGAGCUUCUAACUAUAAAGGAGUUAUUGACAGUGGAACCUCCCUCAUUGUUGGAGACAAGAAACUUAUCGACCCAAUCCUCAAGCAAAUUGGAGAUAUUGACCAAUCCUGUAAAGAUCUAUCUGGUCAUCCAGAUGUUACUAUUGUUUUUGAUAGUGUUGAAUAUACCUUGACUCCUGAAGAUUACAUCGUCAGAGUAAAAUCUUUCUUAGGAGAAGCAUGUGUUAGCGGAUUCAUGAGCGCCAACUUCGCCUCUGGUUUCCCAUAUCUCAUCAUUGGAGAUGUUUUCAUGAGAAAGUACUACUCUCACUUCAAUAUGAACGACAAGACUGUUGGAUUUGCUCUUGCCAAUCAUGAAUAA